CCGCACCGAGCGAGAAGAGAGGAUUGGAGGAAGGAACCCUACCUAUACCAAUCUCGCCUCGUUUCGUCAGCUGCACUGCAUUCCAAUUCCAUCAUCUGCAAGCGGAGGCCGGAGGGAGAGAGAGCCUUCGUGGUCCCCCUGCUCUGCUCAUCAGAAUUUCAGAAUAUAGGAGGCAGGCCGCCGCCCGGCAAGUCCACCGAAACAAAAACACUACUCCGCCUCGCCUCCCUCUCCGCCUCUCUUCCCAGCGACUUCCUCCUCCCUCCCCCUCCAGCCCUCCUCGUCGUCCGGCGAGGCAGCAGCGAGAUCGACCGUCCUCCGUCCCCGCGCGAGAUUGUGAAACCACAGAAUUUGGAUGCUCCUGCCUAUGCAAGAUGUCAACCACCAGAGAUAUUGUUCAGUGUUAGGGAAGUUGUGCAGUUUUGGAUCAUAAAUUCUACAGAAACAAGAUAAUUAUGGACCGCGCAGACACAUCAGGGUUUGUCAGUGGUGGUUGCUUUGGUACUACACUCCUGCUGAUAUUCUUCCAUUUCGUCUAUUCUACAGUCCGUGUCUGAAAGAUUGUCAAGAACCCUUAAGCUGCCUGGGCAGAAAUAUCAUCAGGCCCCUGUUCUUUGAGCUCUCUGGUGUUUUAUCUCAUCUUCUUUUCUGCCAUUGCUAUAGCGUCUCAACUGUGAUGGAUAACGGCUUCGUGAACAUUCCCCAUCCGCCAUUGUCAGAGGCUCUGAUGAAUGACCCCUUUGUUUUAGUGGGUUGCUCAGCGCCAAGCUCCACGAUGGAGAACAUGGGCCAAAGCACACUCUGUAUGGAUGGCCUGAACCCAGCAAUGGUUAGUUGCAGCCAUGUUAAUGGAAAUACACAGAUAAUGAAUGACAUAGCACCGAGAGAUGAUGGCAGCAGGUUAGUCCUUGGUUUGGGUCCAACACCGAAUUUUUAUUCUGCAGCGUCCACUGGUUCAAAACAAGAUCAGAGGUUGUCUGGCCAGAGUUCCACUUUCACUGAUUCCGGGAUGCUGAGGCUUGGUCUUCAGAUGGAUGGUGGGGAAGCAAUUCAAUAUCUGCAAGCACCAAAUGGAGCACUCCAUUCUUUAGGUGUCGUUGAUGAGGCUUCAACAUCUGCUACUGUAAGGAACAUGGGUGGUUACAUGCCAUCCCUACUCUUUGCUCCCCGUGCCAAUUCUACUGUCAAUGAGACACAAGUAGAAACCCCAGAUUCUCUAGACCUCACGCACAGCACCAGCAAUAGUCAGCAUGUUCAACAUCACCUCCAGCUCAGCCCUGAACCCUCUGCAAUGACCGAGUCUUCAUUUGGUGUGAGUUCUGAUGUUGUCACUGCAACAACUACAUCAGAACGUAGCCAUUCCCGGCAUCCUAAGAAAUGCAGGUUUAAGGGAUGUUCCAAAGGUGCAAGAGGCGCAUCAGGGUUGUGUAUUGCUCACGGAGGUGGGCAGAGAUGUCAUAAAUCUGGAUGCCAUAAAGGUGCCGAGAGCAGCUCUGCGUACUGCAAAGCUCACGGUGGCGGUCGUCGGUGUGAGGAGCUUGGUUGUACCAAAAGUGCAGAAGGAAAAACAGAUUAUUGCAUUGCUCAUGGUGGAGGCCGCCGAUGUGAACAUCCUGGCUGUCCUAAAGCUGCCCGGGGUAAGUCUGGGCGGUGCAUCAAGCAUGGUGGUGGGAAGAGGUGCUCGGUUAAAGGUUGCAUUCGGAGUGCCGAGGGGAAGGCUGGACUGUGCAUUUCUCAUGGCGGUGGCCGACGGUGCCAGUAUCCAGAUUGUGGCAAGGGGGCACAGGGCAGCACAUUGUACUGCAAGGGACAUGGUGGUGGCAAGAGGUGCAUCUUCGAUGGUUGCAGCAAAGGCGCAGAGGGUAGCACACCUCUGUGCAAAGCACACGGUGGUGGGAAGCGAUGCAUGUUUGAAGGAGGUGGUGUCUGUGCAAAGAGUGUGCACGGGGCUACUGAAUACUGUGUGGCACAUGGAGGUGGGAAGCGCUGUUCCGUGCCCGGCUGCACCAAAAGUGCUCGUGGCCGCACUGACUGCUGUGUGAAGCAUGGUGGUGGUAAGCGGUGCAAGGUUGACAACUGCGGCAAGAGCGCCCAGGGGAGCACGGAAUUCUGCAAAGCCCAUGGUGGAGGAAAACGGUGCACUUGGAGCACAGGGUGUGAAAAGUUCUCCCGUGGCAAGAGUGGCUUCUGUGCGGCACAUGGUACCUUGAUGGCCAGGCAGCGAGAACAAGAGGUGGUGAAGAAUGUAGGAAGCAUGAUUGGACCAGGUCUCUUCAGCGGCAUUGUGGUGUCAUCUGCCACUGCAGCAAGCAGCAUGACGAACGAGCACUCGUCCUCUGGUGUCAGUACCGCUUCGGAUUGUGACGGCACCAUGAGGAGCCAAUCAAUGAUUCCUCCGCAGGUGCUGGUUCCUCGCUCUAUGAUGCCUUGGUCUUCUGAGCCUGUAGAUGGGGGCAGAGAGGGAGGUCAUGUUGUUCCCGAGGGGAGGGUCCAUGGAGGUGGCCUCCUGUCACUACUCGGUGGCAGCUUCAGGAACGCUGAUGUUGAAAAGCUUUGAAGCUAGUGCUUUUCCAUCGGCAGAUUUGGUCAGUUUGUACAUAAACAGGGCGUGUUUCCGCCUAUUGAAUUCCUAUUGUGCCUUUUCUUGUCUAGAUAAACAUUUCAAACCUUCAUGUACUGGUUAAGUCCAUUGUAAAGUGGUGACUGGCAAUUGAUGCGAACGCUUUUGGCUUGUUGGUUAAGUUGUAGUCAGUACUGCAAUAAAUUCGUGUACUUAUUAUGCUGCUCUUA